AUGCCGAGGUCCUGCACCCACACCGAGAUCCGGCACCCAUGCCAAGGCCAUGCACCCAUGCUGAGGCUGUGCACCCACACCAAGGCACGUUUGCCCCCGGGGCAGGGAGGGGAGGCGGCGGGGGGGGACGCCGUCCCCCCGGAACCCCCGGUCCGAGGCGCCCGGGCCCAGUUUGGACCGGUCGGGUCCCAGUGGAGCCGGUGGCCACCGGGCUACCGGAGGCGGGACCCGAACCGGGGGUGGCCCGAGCCGAGUCCCGCCCGAAGCGGACCCGAGCCCCGCCGAGCCGAGAGGGGCGGGGCGCCGCCGCGCGCAGCCAAUGACGGAGCGCCCCGCCCCGCCCAGCCCGGGGCGAGCCCCGCCCUCCUGCGCUGCGGAGCCGCGUCCAGCCGAGCCCCGCCGAGGCGGACCGGAGCGAGCCGAGCGGAGCCGAGCGGAGCCGAGCGGAGCCGAGCGCGGCCGGACCGGACCGAGCGGAGCCGAACCGAGGCGGAGCGGAGCGAACGGAGCCGAGCGGGACCGGACCGGAUCGAAUCGGCUCGGCUCGAUGAGGACCUGGAGCGCACAGAGGGGCCCCCCCCCGGGGAGGGGGUGACGGGGGACCCCCCACCCGCUGCCACCCCUGAGUUGGUGCCACCGCCCGAUGCCACCGGCAAGGACAUCAUCCCGGUCUACUGCUCCCUCCUGGCCGCCGUGGUGGUGGGACUCCUCGCCUACGUGGCCUUCAAGUGCUGGCACACGUGCAGGCAGAAGCGGCAGCUGGCCAAGGCGCGGGCGGGGGACACGGGGACGUCACCCGACGGGGAGAAGCUGCACAGCGACAGCGGGGUCUUCCUCGACACCCACAGUCUGCAGGACCCCCACCAGCCCGGCAAGGCCCCCCGCCCCGAGGGGCACCCGCUGAGCGGGGUGCCACCGCAGCAGCGGGAGGAGCUGGAGCGGCUGCUGGAUUCCGGGGGUCCCGGGGGGGACUGGCGCAGCCUGGCCGCCCGCUUGGGCUUCGGCCCCGACGCCAUCGGCACCUUCGGCCGGGGCCGAGCACCCACCCGCACCCUGCUCAGCACCUGGGCCGCCGCCGAGGGGGCCACGCUGGAGAGCCUCUGCCAGGCGCUGGCCGCCAUCGGCCGCCACGACGCCGCACGGCGCUUGGCGGGACCGGGGGACGUCACCUCCGCCGUGUGA